GGGCAGGCUCCGUGCCCCGCCCGCCUCGGCACGGCACGGAACGGCACGGCUCGGCACGGCUCGGCAUCGCACGGCAGGGCGCGGAGCGGCGCGGCUCGGCAUCGCACGGAGCGGCGCGGCAUCGCACGGCACGGCGCGGCGAGGCGCGGCGCGGAUCGGUUCCCCUCGGCGCGGCUCGGCUCCCCUCGGCACGGCACGGCUCGGCACGGCUCCGGCAGCUCCCGAGCCAUUCAAACAAGUGGCUCCGGCAGCACUUGGGAGCCGGGGCUGGGGAAAGGGCGCAGCGCGGCUCCCUGCCCCGGAGGCGCCGGGCCCUUCACACUGCCUCUUUUCUCUGGCGCUCGCUCUUUAUUUGACGAUGAAAUAAUGUUGACAUGUCUUGAAUUAUUAAGUAUUCCCUGGAUUUUAUUAGCACAUGAUGCCUAAAUGCUGCCUGUAUCUGCUGGGGUCUUAACCAGAGAGGAGCGAAGGAGAGAGGCAGAGAGAGCGAGCAAGGGAGAGGAGAGAGAGGGGUUUUUGACAGCUGUAUUUGUGCUGAUAAGCGAAGGCACAAGGAGACGAUCGACUAGUGAGACAAGAGGGAAGCGGCGGCUCGGAGCUGCUGAGAGGGGCUGCGCUUCCCUCCCGAGACGGCUCGGCCCUCCCGGCGCCGUGCUGGGGCUUGGGGGGAACCCGAGCCCCCUCCCAGCGCCUGGCUGGGCUCUCGGCCGGUGCCCGUGCCGGGGGGCAGCUCGCUGGCUGGGCACGCCGGCCGCGCGGGGCAGAUGCCGAUUGAGAUCGUGUGUAAAAUCAAAUUUGCCGAGGAGGAUGAGAAGCAGAAGGAAAAAGAAGAAGGGGAUAAGGAGAGCCUGAUCGAGGAGCCCGCCCGGCCCCGUUCCCGGGACCUGGCCGCCUUCGCCAGCACCAGCACGUUGCACGGCCUGGGACACAUCUGCCGGUCGGGGCAGCUGGGCGUGCGCCAGACCCUCUGGGCAUUCGCCUUCCUGGCCUCGCUCGCCUUCUUCCUCUACCAGGCAGCCAAGUCGGCACUGCUCUACCUGGAGCACCCCCACGUCAUGGCCCUGGAUGAGGAGGCCAUCCGCGAGAUGGUCUUCCCCGCCAUCACCAUCUGCAACAUCAACCGCUACCGCCACUCGGCGCUCACCGACGCUGACAUCUUCCACUUGGCCAACAUGACCGGGCUGCCCCCCAAGGACCGGGAUGGCCACAAGGCCACGGACCUGCUCUACCCGGACCCCGACAUGGCUGACAUCGUCAACCGCACCGGCCACCAGCUCGACGACAUGCUCAAGAGCUGCAACUUCAGCGGCGAGAACUGCUCCUCCCGUGAUUUCACUGUGGUCUACACACGCUACGGUAAGUGUUACACCUUCAACGGGGACCGGAGGAACCCGCGGGUGACCCGCCAGGGUGGCAUGGGCAACGGGCUGGAGAUCAUGCUGGACAUCCAGCAGGAAGAAUACCUGCCCAUCUGGAGAGAGACCAACGAGACGUCAUUCGAAGCUGGCAUCCGGGUCCAGAUCCACAGCCAGGACGAGCCGCCCUACAUCCAUCAGCUGGGCUUCGGUGUCUCGCCCGGCUUCCAGACCUUCGUGUCCUGCCAGGAGCAGCGGCUCACCUACCUGCCGCAGCCCUGGGGGAACUGCCGGGCCAGCGUGCAGGGGGAGCAGACGCUGCCCGGCUACGACACCUACAGCAUCGCCGCCUGCCGCCUGCAGUGCGAGAAGGAGGCCGUGGUGCGGAGCUGCCACUGCCGCAUGGUCCACAUGCCAGGCAAUGAGUCCAUCUGCUCCCCCAACGUGUACAUCGAGUGUGCUGACCACACGCUGGAUGCAGCGGUGGACGACAGCCAGGAGCGCUGCAGCUGCCCCACGCCGUGCAACCUGACGCGCUACGGCAAGGAGAUCUCCAUGGUGCGCAUCCCCAACAAGGGCUCAGCGCGCUACCUCGCCCGCAAGUACAACAAGAACGAGACCUACAUUCGGGAGAACUUCCUGGUGCUGGACAUCUUCUUCGAGGCGCUCAACUACGAGGCCAUUGAGCAGAAGAAAGCCUACGACCUUGCCGGGCUUCUCGGGGACAUCGGGGGACAGAUGGGCCUGUUCAUUGGCGCCAGCAUCCUCACCAUCCUGGAGAUCCUGGACUAUGUCUAUGAGGUGAUCCGGGACAGGGUGAGCCGGGUCCUGCGCCGCUCCAAGCAGCCCCUGAAGAAGCCCUCGGGCAGCAUCGCCACGCUGGGACUGGAGGAGCUCAAGGACCAGAGUCCCUGCGAGACGCUGGGCCGGCACGUGGAGGGAGCCUACAACGCGGGCAUCCUGCCCAACCACCACCACCGCCACCACUACCCUCACCAGGGCGUCUUUGAGGACUUCGCCUGCUAGGCCAGCUCGGGACUGGGGGGAGGCAGCCCCCCGCCACCCCCCUCCCCACGGUUCGCAUGGAGAGGGACCUCGGCACUGGGUGCAGUGGGCGCAGGCCCCCCGCCUCCCCCACCCCACUGCCAGCACCGGCCGCGCCGCUCGCCCCCGGGGAUGCCACCGGAGCUGCCGCAGCACCAGCACUGGAGCGGCCCCCCAGCCCUUUCGCCCGUCCCCUCCGCUUGCCCCCGGCGCGAGGGCUCGGCCCCGUCUCAAGCACACGGCAUGGAGGGGGACGGGCACGCCGUGGGGGUUUGGGGGAGCAGCGGGGCGUGGGGCAGAGGGGCUCUGGCAAUGCGGAGCGUGCAGGGGGAGAGCUGGGGUUUCUGCGAGCCCCUCCAAGCCCUCCCCUGCUGAACCCUCCUGGGUGGGGGUCUCUGCCCUGCAUGGUCUCCCCCAGGAGAGAGACAUGCCUGGAACAGCUUCCCCCCCGGCACAGGGACCACUACCCCCCCACCUUCCUGCUGCAGGGCAGGGCAGCAUUGCAGGGCACCCCUCUGAGCAGCGUGGCCCCCCCCGGCCAGCCCAGGGACACCCCACCUGCAGACACACCUGCAUGGCACCACCCUGACCCCUGGCACCACCACCACUGUGACACCCCCACCUCCCAAACAUCUGCCCACCCUUCCCCAAACCCAUGCAGCCUGCCAGGGCUGCAGCCUCCCCCCAUUGCUGUUCCCAGCCAGACCCCUGCACUGUGACCCCCCCCUCCUCACUCCAGUGUUGAUCCCCGAUAGCCCCUGGUCAUUGCGGCACUGCAAACCUACCACUUUCCCCGUGGCCUGCCCCCAGUGCCACCGUACUCACUCCCCCCCCCCGGCCCUCCCCAUCCUCUCCUUGCCCAGGUAUUGCUCAAAGUGGCUCAUCCCGUGGUUGCAGCCGCCUGGCAUAGCCCAGGUGACGUGGAGGGGAGGUCCUGUCCUUGCUCCCCUGCCUGUCGCCUCUCUUUUGCACCGUGCACGUACCCCUUGCCACGCUCCCACCCCCCCAAUCCCACCCCCCCACCCCGGGUGCUGAGCACCCGCUGUGCCUCCCCCAGACUGUACACGGUUAGGAGGGUGCCCCGUGCCCAGCACCGCCCAGACAGCCACAGCCCAACCCACCGUCUGGACCCCCAGCCGGGACCGGCACCCACAGCCCUCCUGCCAGCCCCGAGAUAGCAGGACCCACGGCAGGACCCAUGUCAGGACCCACAGCGCUCCCCCUGUCCUGUCAGACAUUGCCUCCUCCCCCUCCAUUGUAGCAGACACCAGCGCAGGGCAAACCGCCCCAAAAAUAUCUCAGGAGGCGGGGGGCGGGCUGGCAAAGCCCCCCUUGACACACACACGCAGCAGAGGGGGACGCUGGGGCAGGAAUUUGGGACCCCAGGGGGAGGCUGAGGUUGAGCCAAGUGGUCCCUGACCCUGCCAGUUUGGUGCCCAUCCUCGGUCCCCGCAGACGGAACAUGGCCAUGAUGCGCCGUGGCCAAAGCCAUAGAUGCAGGAGGAGCCAUCGUCCUUGCAGCCCCACAUGAGGAAGAUGCAGGGCAGGGACCGGAGCACCGGCCUGGUGACAUGCUCGGCCGCCUUGGCUCUGGGUCUGUGCAGCCCAACAGCCCCCCAAAAUAUGCACCUGUGUGGAAAUGUGUCCCCCGUUGGUGCAAACACCUGGCUGUGUGGUGUCCCCUGCACAGGGGGACACAGUGAGCAUGCCAGCAGGGCAUGUUCCACAGUGCUGCUCCCCAGGGAGACCCUCCAGAGCACCCCAUGCCAGCUCCCCACAGGGUCCCCCUGCACCCACCACCCAGGACCAAGCAGGGAUGUCCCCGAGGGGUGCCAUGGCCGUGCCAGCCAGCCUUACACCACGGUCUCCUGUGGCAGGCAGUGGGGGUGCAGGAUGUGGCCCCCUCCCUGCCAGCGGGAGCAGCAAGCCCUGAGCGGGGUGGGCACGGGCACCGCGGUGGGAGGGCCGGCACGGAUGCCCUCGUGCUGGUGAAGGUGAGAGAUGUGCGUCACUAUUUUAUAAAUGUACAAACGCUCCCUAAU